GAAAGAGCAAAACAGUGUGCAGAGAGAAGAAACAGAGGAGAGAGAGAGAGAAGAGAAGGGUGUUGUGUUUUGCUUAGAGAGAGAAACCCAGAAAUCCGAACCAGUUUCUCACUCUAGUUUCUUCAUUCACACGCUUUUCAUCGGAACCAUCCAUUCUCUGUUUUGAGGGUUCCAAACUUUUUCAGAUUGUUCCAUUUUUACCCUUCGUUUCGUCCGUACAAUGGAACCAAGGUACGGCCGAGCUAACGAUGGGUCGUCGCAGUUGCACUCUGAUCCGUCGCCGGAAUGGACUUCCGUCGGUGCUGAUGAAGGAUAUGGUGGAUUGGUUGGUGGUGGUGGUGAAUCGUAUCCACAACGACCUGAUGAAGCUGAUUGUAUCUAUUAUUUGAGGACAGGUUUUUGCGGUUAUGGUUCUAGGUGUCGGUUUAACCAUCCACGUGACCGUGGCGCGGUUAUUGGAGCUGCGAGGAUUGCCGGGGAAUAUCCAGAACGAGUUGGACAGCCAGUUUGCCAGUACUAUGCGAGGACGGGAUCGUGCAAAUUUGGCGCUUCCUGCAAGUAUCACCAUCCUAGACAGGCGGCAGGAACUACUCCUCCUGUGUCACUAAAUUGUUAUGGAUAUCCAUUGCGAGUGGGUGAGAAAGAGUGUUCCUAUUAUGUGAAAACGGGACAAUGCAAGUUUGGUGCAACAUGUAAAUUCCAUCAUCCACAGCCUGCGGGUGGCCAAAUGAUAGCACCAUCACCAGUUCCCCAAGUUUCACCUCUACCAAUGCCGGUACCAUCACCUAUUUAUCAAACUGUACAGCCUCCAUCCGGUCCUUCACAACAACAAUAUGGUGUACUUGUUGCGAGGCCACCUCUUCUACAUGGCUCAUUUGUCCAGGGCCCUUAUGGGCCAAUGGUAAUGUCCCCCACCAUGGUCCCUUUUUCAGGCUGGAGCCCUUAUCAGAUGCAGGCUCCAGCAGGAAGUCCUGUACUUCCUUCUAGUAAUCCGUUGAGUGUUGGUUCAACACAGCUUUAUGGGAUAACUCAGCUUCCUUCACCAACAACUGCCUACACUCAGCUACCUUCACCGACAACUGCCUACACUGGACCUUAUCAAUCCUCUGGUCCCUCAGCUGGUCCUUAUCAAUCUUCUGGUCCCUCAGCUGGUCCUUAUCAAUCUUCUGGUCCAUCAACCGGUCCUUCAGGUAGUAGUCAGAAGGAACACUCAUUACCUGAAAGGCCUGAUCAGCAGGAAUGUCAGCAUUACAUGAAAACAGGGGACUGUAAAUUUGGUUCUACAUGUAGAUAUCAUCAUCCGCCGGACAUGGGUGCACCAAAAGUGAACCUAAGUCCUAUUGGCCUUCCUUUGCGCCCGGGAGCACAACCUUGCACUCAUUAUACCCAGCGUGGAUUUUGCAAGUUUGGAUCUGCAUGUAAAUUCGAUCAUCCUACGGGAUCCCUGAGUUACAGUCCAUCUGCUUCUUCCCUUUCUGAUAUGCCAGUUGCACCCUAUCCUGUGGGUUCCGCCAUUGGUACUCUUGCCCCAUCAUCCUCAUCAUCCGAGUUGAGGCCUGAACUUGCAUCAGGAUCCAGCAAGGAGCCUGCUUCAUCCAGAAUGUCAUCAUCAAUGAGCACAUCGACUGCUUCAGCUGGCUUGACUUUGUCAACGGUUGUACCGGUUUCUCAAUCAGAUGCCCAACCAUCUUCUCAGAGUUCCGGUUCUUUAGCAACUCCCAGUGCCACCACAAGUAGCACCGUCUCUCACACCUCAAGCUAAGCAAUGUGAAUGUGUACCUCAUUAUCACUCCAUUUUAUCUCAAUUUUUCAACUGGCUGUCUUUACUCAUGGAGGGUCUCAAAUAGGUUUUACUUUUAAGUUAUCCCAGUUCAGGUCCAACAGUCAUUGCACCAAUCAAUUGUCUUUGUGUUCAUAUAAUCUUUUUGUGGCCAUCUCUUUGAUCUCGAAUAAACCAUGGCCAACUUUGAAAAUUUUAGCAACCCAUACAGUCGCAACUUGCUUUUGAAUAACUUAAAGAGAAUCUGCAAGUCCAUUAUGCACAUGCCCAUCCACAUGUCUAUUUUUUUGUGCUUAUUUAUCCUUCAAUCUUUUUUUUUUGGUAUGACAAAAAAAAAAUUAAGUCCGAAACCCUUUUUUGCAUUUGGGAAUAAUACUCUAUUUAUGCUCAGAAGACCCUGUUUGCUAUUGUUCCCAACAUAUCGAAAGGUUUACCGUGAAGAGAGGAGACUACAAUGAGGUUUCACAUUGCUAUCUUUUAUUAUUUUUGAUACACCAUGGUGUUGUGACAAGUAAAAUGCUUGACUUGUUGGGUACUUAAAUUUAUUACAGAAUACAUAUAUGAAGAAACACAUUUAAAUCAACACAUUUGAAUGUGUAAUAAUUUCUUUUUCUCCCUUUUUAUCA